UCAUUCUCAUAACCAUCACAAACACAAGUUCAAACAUCUUUAAAAACAUCAAAAGAAAAACCGUACAUAGUACUUUGUUCUGUUCUUUUUAUUUUCAUAACCAAUACAGAUCAAUGGCAUCUGAACAAUUAUCUCGCAGAGAAAACAUCACAACCGAGAGAAAGAUUCAAAACGCGGAAGACAAUGUCCCUCAAAGGACAACCCACUUCGAGCUUAGAGAGACCCACGAACUUGGACCAAACUUUCAGUCUCUCCCUCGCAACGAGAAUCAAGCUUACCUUGACCGUGGUGCACGUGUUCCUUUGAGUGCAAAUGUAUCAGAAAGUUACCUUGAUCGUGCACGUGUUCCUUUGAAUGCAAAUGUACCAGAACACAGAGUUAGAGAAAAACAAGAUUUUGGUGGUGUUCGUGAUAUGGGCAAGUUUCAAAUGGAGUCCAAAGGAGGGAAUAAGAGUUUGGCAGAAGAUAGAGAAACUCUCGAUACACGAUCUAGAAUGGUUACUGGAACACCUCACAUUAAAGAAGCAUUGGGAAAAGGACAAGUUGUGGAGGAAAGAGAGAGAGCAAGAGAAAGAGCAAUGGAAGAAGAAGAGAAAAGGUUAACAAUGGAAGAGAUAUCCAAGUAUAGAAACCAAGCUCAACAAAGUGCAUUGGAAGCACUUUCAGCGGCACAAGAGAAAUACGAAAGAGCCAAACAAGCAACAAAUGAAACACUACGCAACACGACACAGGCUGCACAAGAGACAGGAGAAGCAGCACAAGCGAAAGAUGCAACUGUUGAGAAAACGCAACAAGGUUAUGAAGUGACAGGAGACACAGUUUCAAAUGCUGCAAGAACUGCUUCUGAGAAAGCAGCACAGGCUAAAAAUACAACUCUUGGAAAGACACAACAAGGUUAUGAGGCAACAAGAGACACAGUUUCAAAUGCUGCAAGAACUGCGGCGGAGUAUGCUACUCCUGCUGCGGAGAAAGCCAGGUGUGUGGCUGUUCAGGCGAAAGAUGUUACUCUGGAAACAGGUAAGACAGCGGCGGAGAAAGCCAAGUGUGCCGCGGAAAUUGCUGCCAAAGUGGCGGUUGAUUUGAAGGAGAAGGCCACUGUGGCAGGGUGGACUGCGUCGCAUUAUGCCACACAGUUGACAGUGGAUGGAACUAGGGCUGCUGCGAAUGCUGUUGAAGGAGCGGUUGGGUAUGUUGCACCUAAAGCUUCUGAGCUUGCGGCGAAAUCGGUGGAAACUGUUAAGGGUUUGGCUGCUUCUGCUGGUGAAACUGCUAAGGAGUUUACUGCUAGGAAGAAAGAAGAAUCAUGGCGGGAAUAUGAGGCUAAAAGGGCUUCUCAACUUCAGGAAGGUGAAGAAAUCUUGCCAUCUACCGGAGGUAUCGGAAAAGUGUUACCCAGUGGAGAAAGAACUCAAGCACAAGGAACCAAUCUUCAAGAGAAGGUACAAGGAAAAGGAAGUGAUAUAUUAGGAGCUGUGACUGAAACUGUGAGUGACAUUGGAAGUAGCAUGAUUAAACCAAUAGAUAAUGCUAAUACUAAAGUUAAGGAACAUGGUGGCACUACUAUUACACCAAAAGGACAAGAUGCUGGUGGUGUUUUGGAUGCUAUUGGUGAAACUAUAGCUGAGAUUGCACAUACAACUAAAGUCAUUGUUGUUGGUGAAGAUGAUGAAGUAGAAAAGUCAAUGCAGAAGAAUAUUGGGUCAGAUUCUCACUCUCUUGAUCGUGCCAAGCAUGAAGGAUAUAGAGCACCAAAGAAUAAUGUUUCUUAAUUCCAAAGUUUGAAGACAAUGAAUGUGUUUGUUUGAUGCAGAAGUUUAGUAAUAUGUUAAUCUUAAUUAGCUGUCAGUGAAGAAGUUCAAUGUUUUGUGGUUGUGUUUUAUGGAGUUGUGUGAAUAAAUUGCAAUCUCAUUCUUGAGAUUGUCAAUAAUAGCAAAUAUAUCUUAUGCUUAUGUCUUUUGUAAGUCAAUGUUGUAAUGUAAUAAUAUAUACUUUUAUUUAA